AUGGCUGGGAUCUGUUAGAUGCUGCAGUGGUGUGUAAAGAGAUGGGCUGUGGGGAUGCUAUUGAGGCAAAGAGUGGUGCUUUUUUCAGACCAGGAAGUGGACAUGUAUUAAUGAGCAAUAUUGCGUGUGUUGGAAAUGAGCCUACAUUGAGCAGUUGCAGCUCUAAGAAAUUGGGAGAGUUUAUAUGUGGCUAUUCAAAGCAUGCUGGAGUCAUCUGUCGCUCCCUUGUCAGAUUGGUGAAUGGCAGUCACUCCUGUUCUGGACGAGUGGAGGUUUUCAAUGACGGUCAGUGGGGAACCGUGUGCGAUAACGGCUGGGAUCAUUCAGAUGCUGCAGUGAUAUGUAAAGAAAUGGGCUGUGGGGAUGUUUUCGAGCAAAGAAUUGGUGGUUAUUUUAGCCAGGGAUCAGGACCAGUAUGGCUGAGUGACGUGCAAUGUUCUUACUCUGAAACGACUCUGAGACACUGUAAUUUGCAGGGAUGGGGACAAAACUCAUGUGGACAUGAGAAGGAUGCUGCAGUCGCCUGUCGAAGCAGAAUUAAGUUGGAAAAUGGCUUCAAUGCUUGUUCUGGAAGAGUGGAGAUAUUCUAUUAUCCCUGGGGAAGCCCUGUGUUGGGAACAGUAUGUGAUAAUAGCUGGGAUCUAUCAGAUGCUGCAGUGGUGUGUAGAGAGAUGGGAUGUGGAGAUGCCAUAGCGGCAAAGAGUGCUGCUUAUUUCGGACAGGGUGGGGGACCAGUAUGGUUGAAUGAUGUCAACUGCGUUGGAAAUGAGCUCACACUCACUGCCUGUGAGUCCAAAAAAACAGAAGAUUACAAUUUGCAUUACAAGGAUGCUGGAGUCAUCUGUCAAUCUCUUGUUAAGCUGGUGAAUGGCACUAACUCUUGUUCUGGACGAGUUGAAGUUUUCUUUGAUGGCCGGUGGGGAACAGUAUGCGAUGAUGGCUGGGAUCAGUCAGAUGCUGCAGUGGUGUGUAGAGAACUGGGCUGUGGGAAUGUUAUAGAGGCAAAGAAUGCUGCUUAUUUUGGACAGGGAUCAGGACUCGUAUGGCUAAGUGAUUUACAGUGUGCCAGUUACUCUACUCUGAGAAACUGUAAUUCAAAUGGAUGGGGACAAAACAGCUGUGGACAUGAGAAGGAUGCAGGAGUAGCCUGUCAACGUGAUUUGUGGGCAUUAGUUAACAUCAAACUGGUGAAUGGCAUCACCUCUUGUUCUGGACAAGUUGAGGUUUUUCGUGACAGUCAAUGGGGAACUGUGUUUGAUGAUGGCUGGGAUCUAUCAGAUGCUGCAGUGGUGUGUAGACAGAUGGGAUGUGGAGAUGCUAUAGAGGCAAUAGGUGGUGCUUAUUUUGGACAAAGUGCGGGAGAAAUAUUUAUGGGCAAUGUAAACUGUUUUGGAAAUGAGACCAUGGUCAGUGAUUGUGAAUUUCGUAGAUGGGGAAUGCAUGACCAUUCAAAGGAUGCUGGAGUCAUCUGUGAUCGUAAGUAA